AUGGCAGCACUUUUACUUUUAAAAAUAUUUAUUCCUUUUUUAUUAGUUUCUCUAUAUUUUGUUUCUUCUUCUUUUAAAUUUAAUCAAAAUAAUAAUGAAGUAAUUAAAAGAUUAUCUACAAUUGUUGCUUUAAUUACAAAUACUAUGGCUAUGGUAGGUUGGGGAGACUUUUGAGUGUCUGUACAAUUCGCCGAUGCGGACAAUUCGCCGAAAAGGGGUUUUUAUGUUCCUAAAUUGGAUGAUACUUUCCACCAUGAUUACACCUCAUAUUUGAGCCCUUUUUCUAACUUAUUCCGAUCUCUCUCUCUCUCUCUCUUUAAUAAAGACUUCACCAUGAUGCAUUUUUUGAGGUAUA